AUGUGAAAAUGGUUUUUCACUCAUCUGAUAAACAGAAAAAAAAAAUUAAAAAAAGUGUCUAAAAAUUUUCAUCAACAAUGAGCACUGCUGGUCAGGUUAUCCGUUGCAAAGCUGCGGUGGCAUGGGAGGCUGGGAAGCCACUGUCAAUAGAAGAAGUGGAAGUGGCACCUCCCCAGAAGCAUGAAGUCCGUAUUAAGAUUCUCUUCACUUCUUUAUGCCACACUGAUGUCUACUACUGGGAGUGUAAGGGUUACACUCCUCUGUUUCCUCGCAUACUUGGUCAUGAAGCCUCCGGGAUUGUGGAGAGUGUGGGUGAGGGUGUGAGUGAUCUGAAACCAGGUGAUCAUGUGCUCCCUAUCUUCACUGGAGAGUGCAAGGAAUGUCGCCACUGCCUGUCAGAAGAAACCAAUAACAUGUGCGACCUCCUUAGGAUCAAUUGCGACCGAGGUGUUAUGCUUGCGGAUGGCAAAACCAGAUUUUCCAUCAACGGGAAGCCUAUCUACCACUUUGUUGGCACCUCAACUUUUAGCCAAUACACUGUCGUCCAUGUUGGCCAGGUUGCCAAGAUCAAUCCAAAUGCCCCGCUUGACAAAGUCUGCCCUAUUAGCUGCGGAAUAUGCACUGGUUUUGGGGCCACUGUGAAUGUUGCUAGACCCAAAAAGGGCCAAACUGUUGCAAUUUUUGGACUGGGUGCUGUUGGUCUCGCCGCUGCUGAAGGUGCAAGGGUUUGUGGGGCUUCUCGGAUUAUCGCUGUUGAUUUGAACCCCAGAAGAUUCGAAGAAGCUAAGAAGUUCGGUAUUAAAGAAUUUGUGAAUCCAAAAGAUUACAACAGGCCUGUUCAAGAGGUGAUUGUUGAGAUGACUGGCGGAGGAGUGGAUCGCAGUGUCGAGUGUACGGGAAGCGUGGAGGCCAUGAUUUCCGCAUUUGAGUGUGUCCAUGAUGGUUGGGGUGUUUGUGUACUUGUCGGUGUGCCAAAGAUUGAUGAUGCAUUCAAGACUCAUCCAAUGAAUCUGCUGAGUGAGAGGACUCUCAAGGGUGCUUUCUAUGGCAACUACAAACCUCUCACUGAUAUUCCUAUGGUUGUCGACAAAUACUUGAACAAGGAGCUGGGGCUGGAUAUGGACAAGUUCAUCACUCACUCUGUCUCUUUGCCCGACAUCAACAAGGCAUUUGACUACAUGCUCCAGGGCAUAGGUCUUAGAUGCUUGAUUCUCAUGGAUGCUUAGGGAACUGCAUGCAGCUUUAUAUUGCUCCAUCCAUGGAUGAAAACUCUAUCUUGUAUUAUGUGUAACAUUUUUGUGUCUAUUUAGCUAUCUUACCAGGUUAUCAAGACUACUCUUAUCAAUAUAAAACUCUAACUAUGUAGAGUUUUGUAUUAUGUGCUGAGAGAAUAAAUAUGUUGCAAUAACGUGGUUUGCCGUUAUGAAAUAAAUUUCUACUACUAAUAUUUUCCAAA